AGACAUGGGAAGAUAAAAAAGAACAUACACGGCAGUAUGAUCCUGUGUUAUUACAGUUCAGUUAUUACUAAAAUUCAUACCGGUGGCCACCCGCAACAUAUCAACCGACAUAAAAGAAACAAGAAUUAACAGAAGUUGGUCACAACCGUCCUUAUUUUCACAAUUCUACCGACUCCUUGGCAACCUAUUACAACAGCAAUAGCUCAUAACUAGCUGUAUGGAAUUUACUGUGAAAAAAUUUUAUACGCACUACACUAGUCGAGAACGGACUUGAACUAAUCCAAUUGAAUUGCUGUUUGGAUAAAGCAGAAACAACUGUUUGGAGAAAUUCAAAUAAACACACUAACUGUUCACAAUAUUUCCUUUGUAGGCCAAUGACAAGCUAUAACCCAUCAAUUCCCACAAAAUGAAAAACAUCAGAGUUCAAAAAAAAAAUUUAAAAUAAAAGCAGCAUGGUUCAACUCACAUUAUAGGUGAUCCACAGACAAUCCAGACUUUACUAGUUGAGACACCUACACCUGGAUGGGAAAAAGAACUUCAGUCAUAAAUCAUUUACCCAUAAUGUCAAAUAAUCUUCAUUCAAAUCUACAGAAAUAAUUCAGUUAUGAAUUACUAUGUAUGUGACUUUUUGCUAGCUAUCAACAUACUUUUUAUUAGUGUUUGCUUACCAUUUUUGUUGGGUGGUCAAAUUGUGGGUUUUUGGUCAGUUCUCUUCAACGCUGAAGAAGACAGGACAUCAAUCCAAGCAGAUAUUUCAUGUCAAGUUAAUAAACUACUUGAUGAAAUGCAAAGCUCUUUUCCAUUGCAGAAAAAAGAAACAUGGAUAAGUUUCCUCGCAGCACUCAAUAGUGUUAUGGAGGAUGAGCCAUCCCAACCAGCAGUUCUACUUUUUGCUGGAAGAAACACAGCAGCUUCAAAGCAAAGCAUGCAAUGUGUUGCUCUUACUUUGGCUAUCAAUGUCAAUAAGCUAUUGCAUAAGAAAAGUUCCACAAAUGCCGACUUCUCAAGGGUGACAGUUAACGUCGAUGGAAUUACCGAUCUUCUGCAACAGGACGACACUAUCAAUCAAGAACUUGAUAAGGAAAUCAGUUCUAUCCUUAGUGACUUCUCUUCAGUUAUUCUUGGACCCUUGGAGAAACUCCCACCACGUGCAGCCUUACUUUUGCACGGCUAUUGCGACAACUUUAUAGCUCCUUUCAAGAAAAGUGUAAUCAUCUUGACAGCAACGUUUGGUUUUGACAUCCCGCACAAUUCAAAACAGUUGGAACAGAAACUUCACAGUCUCUGGGAUCCUACACUAGGCGUAGACAUAUCCGCUUCUAUUGUGUCACGAGUGGCCAACAACGUGGUUUUCAUCGAACCAGAAACUGAUCAUACACUUGCACGACUGGACAGCUCCACACUGACAUCAGACGUCUACCAUUGCCACGCUGUCCUAAACAGCUAACGUUGUAAACUAAAAUAAA